AUGCAAUCUAGCACCACCACCACCACCGACCUCCCCAUCUACGUUAAGGUCACCCAAGCCAGCGAUACACGCACGGUGGUCACCGCCAGCGCAAGCUUCGCCGAGCUCGAGCGCCAGGUGAGGAAGUCCUUCGGCCUCAGUGAGCGCCACCAGCUCGACCUGCGCUACAUUGACGACGAGCAGGACCGCGUGUGCGUCUCGUCCGAUGAGGAGCUGCGCUACGCCCUCAACUCCUUCCAGGACAAGAGCCUACAUCUGUUCCUGGCCACCAAGAACGCGGAGGAAUCGGCCAACUGUGCGGACAAGAAGGCCUACGCCGACGACGACGACACAGCCAAACACGAAGAGGCCGCGCAGGAGCUGAAGAAGAGACUCGACCAAGAGGGCUUCGAUGUACCCGAGAAGAGGUGCAGGAAGCUCGUGGCCAAGUGGAACGGCAACGUAGACCUCGCGGAGGAGGCUGCCCGCCUGUGGCGCCAGAGGAAGGCAGCUCGCGCUACUGAUGAGCUGCUGCCUCAGGGCUUCUUCCCCAGCCACCACAGCCCGCACCGCCACUUUGGAGGCCACCACGGCCCCCACCGGCACUACUUCGGUCCCCACCACGGUCCCCACCGUCCUCACCACCAGCCUCACCAAAGCCACCAUCGCCGCCACCACAUCGACGACGCCGAGUGCGAGCCCAAGCCCGGACCGCACCACCUCGUGGGCCAUCACUACCGCCACGGUCCUCACCACGAGGUCCACCAGCUGCACUCUCACCAUCCUCACCACCAGCCGCACCCGCGCCACCAUCGCCACCAUCACAUCGACGACGCUGCGUGCGAGCCCCAGCACUGCGGCCACCACGACCACAAGUGGAAGAAGCACCAUCACCCCGAGCACAGAUCGCGCCAGAUCGAGGCGCUUCUCCUCCACCGCAUGGCCAAGAGGGAGUGUGCGCAUCAGGCUCUCCGCUGCCCCAAGGCACACCACGGCCUGGGCGCCGGGCGUCACCACCACGCCCAUGGGCCUCGCCGCUGCCGCGACCUCAGCCACGGCCACGGCCACGGCCCUCACCACCCGCGCCAGAGCUUCUGCGCUACCCCACCGAUGCCGGGCUUCGCGUUUCCUCGUGUGCCCCGAGCCCGCUUCCACCACCACUGCUUCGCCUGA